UCGCCUGCCUCAGCCGAAACCUAACCUUGAACCGAAGAGCCCCAACCGCAUCCUGUAACCCUGUCCCUCUUUCUCUCCCUCCUUUCUUCGCUCGCUCUCGCUCUCUCAGUCUUUCGAGUUGGCAACGGAGCACCAAGAAAUCACCGCACGAUAGGAGUUCUUGGGUAAGGGUAUGGAUGAUGAAAAUCCAUUUUCCAAUGGGAAGCACAAAGAGGGAAAUUUCAGGAAGCGUUCUCGUUCCCAUCCUGACAAUGGGAAAAGAAAAAGGCAGAAUUCUAGCCAUGAUCAUAAUUUUAUGACUUCCAAACCUGUUGAAACCAUUUAUCGCAUCCUUUGCCCUGUCAAAAAGAUUGGUAGCGUUCUUGGGAAAGGAGGUGACAUUGUUAAUGCCCUUAGAGAUGAGACUCAUGCAAAGAUAAGAGUUGCUGAUGCUAUUCCUGGGGCAGAGGAGAGAGUUAUUAUCAUUUUUAGUUACUUAUCGCAACAAUCUGGAGAACUCAAUUCUGAUGAGGAUCCUGAUGAUGUUAAUUUCACUGAGAGCGAAUCACAGGAUAUGAUGCCCCAUUGUCCUGCCCAGGAUGCUUUGUUAAAAGUCCAUGAUAGGAUUGCUGCAGAUGAGGUUCUGCGUGGUGGUGUGGUGCAUGAAAAGACCGGAGCUGAUGAUGUUGUCACUUCUCGCAUUUUGGUUCCAAGCAAUCAAGUCGGUUGUCUUCUUGGUAAGGGAGGCACUGUUAUACAGAAGCUACGAAGUGAUACUGGUGCUAAUAUUCGAAUUCUACCUGCAGAGCACCUUCCACCAUGUGCAAUGAGCACUGAUGAAUUAGUUCAGAUAUCAGGAGUGCCAUCCAUUGUGAAGAAGGCUUUAUAUGAUAUUACCACUCUGUUGCAUCAACAUCCUCGUAAAGAAAAUCCUCCUCUAGAAGAUCUUAUAUAUGCCAGUACCCAUGGUUUAUACCAAUCCAGUGCUUCUAUGCCUCCAUUGCCUCAAGGAAAUCCAUUGUGGUCUCAGCAGCACCCAGCUGUUGAUGCUGCACCACCAAUGCCAUGGAUUCGUGGAUAUAGAAAUGAGCCAUCUGGAUAUGCUCCUGGUAAUUUCAGCAGUGGUCGUGCUGAAAAUGAGGGAGAAACAGCAGAGUUUUCCAUAAGAAUUUUAUGUGCCACUGUGAAGAUUGGCGGUGUGAUUGGUAAAGGUGGGGUUAAUGUCAGACAGUUAGAACAACAGACAGGUGCUCACAUUCAAGUUGAGGAUACCGCUCCUGAGGCAGAAGAGCGUGUCAUUGUCAUCUCUUCUAAAGAGGUUUUUUGGGAUCCAAUCUCUCCAACAAUUGAGGCUCUUCUCCAGCUUCAAAGCAGAACUAGUGCUUCCUCUGAAAAAGGUGUCAUCACUACAAGGCUUCUUGUUCCCUCCAGUAAGGUUGGUUGUAUCCUUGGACAAGGUGGUGACAUAAUCACAGAAAUGAGAAGGCGAACCAGAGCAGAUAUUCGAGUUUACUCAAAGGAUGAUAAGCCAAAGUAUACAUCAGCAAACGAAGAGCUUGUGCAGAUAUCUGGAAAUCAGAGUGUUGCGAGGGAGGCUCUUUCAGAGAUUGCAUCCAGGCUUAGAGCGAGGACUCUUCGAGGUGGGAAUGCUGCUACAAAUACUGCACCUCCAGCCCCUUUCCGUGGAUUUCCUCCUUCAGAAAGCUUGUCUAGUAGAGGACCACCACCAACUGUAAAUUCUUCUAUAAAUCCUGCUCGAACGGUCCCUUUCCAUGGUUUUGCUCCCCUAGAAGGCUUUUCUGGUAGAGGACUACCAUCACCUGGCAUGGUUGGAUCUGGGAGUGCUGUUAAUUAUGAUCAUCCAAAGGGAUCUGGAAUGCUACAUGAAGCUCACGGUUAUCCAGGUCCCCGAAAUGCUACUGGUUAUCCAACUAUGAACAGUUCUUUGGACGUUAAGAUUCCUAGUAGUGCAGUGGCUUCUGUUCGUGGAUCAGGUGCAAGCAAUUUUUCUGAUAUCCGUCAGAUUUCUGGAGCAAGGGUUAAGUUGCAUGAUCCUCUGUCUGGUGCAUCUGAGUGCGUUGUUGAGAUACACAGCUCUUCUGAUCAAAUGAAGGCAGCACACAGCCUCCAUCAGUUCAUAGCUUCUGGUGGACAGAAUGUACCACCACCGCAAGCUCCCCGCCCAUAUUAGUCUUUCACCUGGAACCAGAGGUCUUCUGUUGUUAUCCCAGCAGUGCAAUGCUGUGUGGCUGUUGUUUUUAUGGCUUUGCUGGCAUGAGUAAGGCGCUACUUCGACUAUUUGAGGUCCUAAUUUACAGUGAUUACUGUAGGCAAUUACAGGAGUUGAUCUGUUGAUGGUACAAAAAUGUGAAUUGGAAAAAGCGAUUAUCUCUGUCUAAACUAUUUAUUUGAAUGGCCAAGUGGUUCAACAAUAGAGGUGACUUGUGUAUGGCUCAAAGGUUAGAUUAUUCGAGUAACUAUGUAAGUGACUUUGUAGGUUGAGCAAUUCGGUACUUUGAAUUCCUCUGUCAACCGGAUUUAAUAGAUCCCUUUUUUUACCCUUUUUUU